AUGGCGACCGCCGCAUCGCUCCCCUCCUCCGCCGCGUCCGCGUCCGACGCCGUCUCCUCGCAACUCGUCGCGGUGACGGAAGCGAUCGCGCUCAUGCCGUCCGGAGUCCUCGCGUCCUCCGUCGAGCACGUCCUCUCUCCGAUCUUGAGCGCGCUGCGGAGGGAGUGCGACGCGAUGGCCGCGACGGCGGCGGCGGCGACGGACGCGACGCCGACGACGACGGACGCGACGGCGGCGGGGAUCGAACCGCCGGCGGGAGAGAGGACGACGGCGAAGCAGCGCGCGGCGUCGUCGCGCGCGCUCGAGGAGGCGGUCCGAUCGAUUGGGGCCAUCGCGACGCGCGCGGGGACGUGCGGCGACGACGCGCACGCGCUGACGGUGUUCUGCGACAUCGUCGCCGCGAUGGCGACGACGCCCGCGCGGGCCGGGAGCGGGGGCGACGCGGACGGUCGGGGUCCCGGUGGGGAGGACCUGAGGGCCGCGUCCAUCGAGACGCUCCGAGCGGUGAUUCGAUCGAUGGCGACGACGACGACGACGGUCACGGCUCCCGAGCUGUCGCCGUCGUCGUCGUCCUCGUCGAGCCCUCGCCCUCUAUCGGGGAGCCGGAGCCAAGCCUUCCGCACGCUGACGUCGGACGCCGCGCUUCCCGCGCUCGGGUACGCCGUCUCCUGCCUCCUCGACGCGGAACGCGCGGAGGCUGCCAAGGGCGCGCUCGGCAGCCGCGCGAUCCGCGCGGACGCGCUGCGUUGCCUCGGCGAGCUCGUCUCCGCGAUCGACGACGCCGACGCGUUGGCAUUUUUCUUGCCCGGCGUCGUCAGCGGUCUGACGAGGGCGCUCGUCGCGAGCGCGGGGUCGCGUCCGGGGCACGGCAGCGGCGUCGUCGCGGUCGUCGGGGACGCGAACGCGACGGAGGCUGCGAUCGAGGCGCUCGCGGCUGUCGUGGUGAUCGUGAUGAACGACGACGCGUGCGGUGGAUUAGUAUCGGCGAGGAGGAGGAGGGGGGCAGCAGGGGGAGGAGCCGCGGACGACGACGACGACGCGGAGGCGGAGGCGGCGUCGACCGCGGCGGCGUUGCGGAAACUCGCGGCGCGGGGGGAACGAUCGCGAUCGCGAUCGCGAUCGCGCGGCGACGGCGACGACGACGACGAAGAGGAAGAAUCAGAAGAAGGAGAAUCAGAAGAAGAGGAAGGACCGAGCGCCGCCGGCGGCGACGGGCGAUCGCUGAAGCUGCGACGCACGCGGAGGUGGCUCAGAGAGACGUCCCAAAGGGUCACCGACGCGACGCGCGUGUCGCUGUCGUCGCUCGUGAGCCACGACAAGCCGUCCGUCCGCGCCGCGGUCGCGUCCGCGGCGUCGUCGAUCGCGCACAGAUUGACGCGGCCGCUUCUCGAGGCGACGUUGACCCUGGCGGGCGACCCUUGGUUGGACGUCUCAUCGGUCGCGCGGGAUGGGUUGAACGCUCUGACUUCGAGCGGGCAGAUCGAUCACGACACCCUGCGCGACGUCAUCAAAGACGGGUUCGCGGAGCUGCCGAGGGCGGUUCGACGCGCGGGCGGCGGCGGCGGCGGCGGCGGCGGCGGCGGGUCGGAUGAAAAUAGAAACGCCGCCGCCGCCGCGCGCGCGACGGCGCGGCGCCUCAUCGCCGCGAUGCGUGCGCUCGGCCCCGACGGCGUCUCCAGAGCGCUCUUGACGCAGCACGCGCUUCGGACGUCCGUCGCGAGCGCGUUCACGCGGUGUUUCGCGGUGUCCGCGGACUUCUCGUCCGUCGCGGGGGACGACGAAGUCCGCGGCGCGCUUGAGAGGUACUCCUCGAGCUCCCACCCAAACGUCGUAACGCUCUCCCUCGCGACGUUACGCGACAACGCGUCGCUGGUCACGUCCUGCGUCGAAGGCGUCGGCGCGUUUUCAAACGCGUGCGGCGACGCGUACGUCCACCGCGGGAACUUCCUCACCGCGGCGCUGUGCCCGCUGCUGCGCAGGCUCGGCGACGACAACGUCAAGGUGAGCGACGCGGCGGCGGCGGCGCUGAGGGUCGUCGCGCACAACGCGGGGCACGGCGUCGACGUCGGCGUCGGCGCGGGCGGGACACGAAAACCCGGUUCCGGUUCUUCGCACCAAUCGGCGGUCGCCGCGCUCGUCGUCGCGAACGCGGACCACGUCGUGGACAUGCUCUCGCGCCACUUGCGCCACCUGGACGACCACCCGGACGCGCCGUCGUUCUUUGCCGCGGUGUUCGGCGGCGAAGUCGGCGCCGCGCGCGCGGCGUUGCCGCUGUUACGCGAGCCGCUCGGACGCGCGUUGGAUGCGAUUUCGAUCCAACGACGGAGGAAGAACUGGCGGCACGCGUGCGCGUUUCUCGGCGUCGCGCGCGAGGUCUGCCGCGCGGUGUCGCUCGAGGGCGAGGAAGGGCUCCGCGACGCGCGAAACGCCGCGGCGACGGUCGCGCCGCUGCGCGAGCUCCUUCGCGAGAUGGAAGACCGCAGAGCCGACGCCGCCGCCGCCGCCGCCGACGACGACGCCGACGACGACGACGACGCCUCCGUCGACGCGACGCUCGCAGCCGUGAUCCAAAACUCCCCCCACCGCGCCGCGUGCGCCGCAAUCAACGUCCCCGCGAUAAUCACCGACUGGUGCGUCCGCGUCCGGUCCGCCGCGUCGAGCAGCGCGCUCGCGUCCGACGUCCUCGCCGCGUCCGCGCCGUUGCUGCAGUCAGAGGACGCCAAGACGCGAAUCCGCGCCGCCGACGCGUGCCGCGAAGCCGUCCUCGCGCUCGCCGUCGUCGAGCGCCAAGCGAAAGAGGAAACGGCCACGCACGAGACGUUAAAGCGGUUGUAUCCGCACGACGUCCCGGUCAUCGUCAGCGAGGCGGAGACGCCGAAGAAGCUGCUCCCGAGGGUGCACGCGCUCUGGCCGCACCUGGUGAUGUCGCUCGGGCAUCGGUUGGGCCCGGCGGUGAAACCGGACGCGUUGAAAGCGUCGUUGGAGCUCUUGAUCGCGACGGCGACGGCGAGCAAGGGAGGGUUCAUCGCGCGUAGGGUCGCGAGCGAGCUUUGGCCGUGGUUGCGGCGCGUGAUCGACCGCGGCGUCGCGCACGUCGGCGGGCUCGGCGGCGAGUUCGGCGGCGUCGCGUCGUCGCGGCUCGACAAGCUGUACGUCGCGGACGAGGCGAAAGAAAACGUUUUCGAGGCGAACGAAAAAGCCGUGGUAACCGUAACCGUCGCGGACGACGUCGCGCCGCGGCAGACGGACGCGGUUCGGAUCUCCAUCUUCGACGCGAUCGCGCGGAUGUGCGAGGACGAGGACGCGCGCGGGGCGAUCGCGGACGUCGCGGGGUGCGCGACGCGCGCCGCGCUUCCGUUCGCCGUCGGCGACGCGUCGUCGGCGUCGUCGAGACGUCCCUCAUCGGAGACCAACCAAAACAAAACGACAGGGGAGGUUCGAAGAGCCGCGGAGCGCGCGCUGAGAGGCCUCGCGAAGGUGGACGAGGACGCGGUGUGGUGCGCGUUGGCGAGCGUCGCGACGGGGCGCAGAGGCGCGGAGACGCCGACGCCGCCGCGGUGGGACGGCGCGUUCUAUACACUGGUCCCCAUACGACCCCGGAACGCAAACGCAAACGGACGGACGAAGGUUCGUCGUCGCGACGAGACCCCGCUGCCGACGCUGCCGAGCUUUCGGGAGAUAUCGCCGCUGCCGCGCGGGGGGGACGCGGAAGUGAACGCGCGCGCGUCGAAGGCGGCGUUCGCGAUCAUGGCGACGUGCGGGAUGGCGGGAGUCGCCGUCGGCGGCGGCGACGGGAAAUGA